GGGUGGAGGCGGCAGGCGCGGAGGGCCGGCGGCGUCCGAGGCUGGAACGGGACGCGUUCCCGGGGCGAGCAAGCUCGAGAGGGGCGGUGUCCGGUGUGAGCUGUAACCAUGACUACUGAAGUUGGCUCUGCGUCUGAAGUGAAGAAGGGCUCUGACCAGGCUGGAGCAGAUGCCCCCAAGGAGAAAGCUAAAGAAGUAGAAAAUGAGCAGACUCCAGUAUCUGAGCCAGAGGAAGAAAAGGGUUCCCAGCCAGGACCUACGGUUGAAAGGCAAAGCACUCCCCGCCUGCGGAAACGAGGGAAGGAUCCGUCUGAGAACAGGGGCAUCUCUCGAUUCAUACCCCCGUGGCUUAAGAAGCAGAGGUCUUACAAUUUAGUAGUAGCCAAAGAUGGAGGAGAUAAAAAAGAACCUACUCAAGCUGAUGUGGAAGACCAGAUCUUAGACAAAGAGGAAUCCCUUCCUGAAGAAGAGAGUCGGGCCAAGGGUGAUGCAGAAGAAAUGGCUCAGAGGAAGCACCUGGAGGUUCAGGUGGAGGUCAGGGAAGCAAAACCAGCCUUGAAAAGCAGCGUGGAGACCCAGCCUGCUGAAGAAGUGAGGAAGGACAAGGAGGAAACGAUACAAGACACACAGGAAGAGAAACUGGAAGGAGGUGCAGCCAAAAGGGAGACAAAGGAAGUACAGACAAGUGAGCUGAAGGCAGAGGUGGCCUCUCAGAAAGCUACCAAGAAGACCAAGACUGUCCUGGCCAAAGUGACCCUUCUAGAUGGCACGGAAUACAGCUGUGACCUUGAGAAACGUGCUAAGGGACAAGUGUUGUUUGACCGAGUGUGCGAGCACCUGAACCUCUUGGAGAAGGACUACUUUGGACUUGUAUUUCAGGAUCAUCCUGAGCAGAAAAACUGGCUAGAUCCUGCAAAGGAAAUAAAGAGACAGCUGAAAAAUCUUCCCUGGCUGUUCACUUUCAAUGUGAAAUUUUAUCCUCCAGAUCCUUCUCAGCUGACUGAAGAUAUCACCAGAUACUUCUUGUGCCUUCAGCUAAGGCAGGACAUUGCCUCUGGCCGCCUGCCCUGCUCCUUUGUGACUCACGCCCUCUUGGGAUCCUACACCCUGCAGGCCGAGCAUGGGGACUAUGACCCGGAAGAGUGUGACAGUAUUGAUCUUGGUGACUUCCAGUUUGCCCCGACCCACACCAAGGAGUUGGAGGAAAAGGUGUCAGAACUGCAUAAAACUCACAGGGGCUUAUCUCCAGCACAAGCUGACUCUCAGUUCUUAGAGAACGCAAAGAGGCUUUCCAUGUACGGUGUCGACCUGCAUCAUGCCAAGGACUCAGAAGGUGUGGACAUCAAGCUGGGUGUGUGUGCGAAUGGCCUUCUCAUUUACAAAGACAGACUGAGGAUCAAUCGUUUUGCUUGGCCGAAGAUUUUGAAAAUUUCCUAUAAGCGCAGUAAUUUCUACAUUAAAGUUAGACCAGCAGAGCUGGAACAGUUUGAGAGUACCAUUGGAUUCAAAUUGCCAAACCACCGGGCAGCUAAACGGCUAUGGAAGGUGUGUGUGGAACAUCACACUUUCUACAGGCUCGUGUCUCCAGAGCAGCCACCAAAGACCAAGUUCUUGACCCUGGGGUCCAAAUUCCGCUACAGCGGCCGCACACAGGCACAGACACGAGAAGCAAGUACCCUCAUAGACAGGCCGGCACCACAAUUUGAGCGUGCCUCUAGUAAACGUGUCUCGAGGAGCCUAGACGGAGCCCCGAUUGGUGUUGUGGACCAAAGCCCUCCUGGAGAGGGCUCAGUGCCUGGCCCUGGAGUUAUCAGCUAUACUACCAUCCAGGAUGGCCGGAGGGACAGCAAAAGCCCAACAAAAGCUACACCCCUGCCCGCUGAGGGAAAGAAAAAUACCUUGAGAGUAGACGGGGAUAAUAUUUAUGUCAGACAUAGCAAUUUAAUGUUGGAGGACCUGGAUAAGGCCCAGGAGGCCAUUCUGAAACAUCAGGCUAGCAUUAGUGAACUCAAGCGCAAUUUCAUGGCGUCCACACCUGAGCCUCGCCCCAGUGAAUGGGAGAAGCGGCGGGUCACACCUCUGCCUUUCCAACCACAAGCGAGCCUAGAAGAGGAGAUAACAUCCAUUCUGUUUAGUGGACAGGGCUUUUCUCUUAGUGUGAAAGCCUCCUUCCCUUCAGCCACCACUUGGACAGCAGAGGGCCCUGUUGUGAACGCUAAUGCACCCAGAGAGCCGCUUUCUUCUUCGCCCUUUUCACACUCGCCUGAGACUCGUCCUCCCACGUCGGAAGGGCCUUGCACUGGACCCAGGGACGCUGUUAAGAGUUCACAUGAGACUCUGAAUGUAGUGGAGGAGAAGAAGCGGGCAGAGGUUGGGAAAGACGAAAGCGUAAUCACAGAAGAAAUGAAUGGUAAAGAGAUGUCACCGGGGCAUGGUCCUGGGGAGACUCGUAAGGUGGAGCCUGUGGCACACAAAGACUCCACCUCCCUGUCUUCUGAGAGCAGCAGCAGCAGCAGCGAGAGUGAGGAGGACAUGGGAGAGUACCAGCCCCACCACCGAGUGACCGAGGGCACCAUAAGGGAAGAGCUGGAGGAAGAGCCCGGCCAAGGAGCCAAGGUAGUAGAGAGGGAGGCAGCAGUGCCCGACGCCAUCCCAGACAGACAAGCAGGGGCCAGUGUGCUCCCAGUAGAAACAGAGGCCCAGGAACAUGUAGUUGCCCAAAAGUUACCUGGAGAAAAGGGUGCACACGGAGGCACUGCUGAGCAGGACCCGAGAGAAGAAGCAGAGGAAGACCCGCACAGAGUUAAUGGAGAGGUGCCCCAUCUUGACCUUGAUGGUUUGCCAGAGAUUAUUUGUUGUUCAGAGCCACCAGUGGUAAAAACAGAGAUGGUAACAAUUUCUGAUGCCUCACAAAGGACAGAAAUCUCCACCAAGGAAGUCCCCAUUGUUCAAACUGAGACCAAAACCAUCACAUAUGAGUCUCCACAGAUUGACGGCGGGGCUGGUGGUGAUUCGGGCGUGUUACUGACCGCACAAACCAUCACAUCUGAGUCCGCGUCAACAACGACAACCACACACAUCACCAAGACUGUGAAAGGUGGGAUCUCUGAAACACGAAUUGAGAAACGCAUUGUGAUCACAGGAGACGCAGCUCUGGAUCAUGAUCAGGCGCUGGCUCAGGCCAUACGGGAAGCGAGAGAGCAGCACCCUGAUAUGUCGGUCACAAGGGUGGUAGUGCACAAAGAAACAGAGUUGGCGGAGGAAGGAGAAGAAUAAGAAAGUCUUUUUUAAACAACAUUUAACUUCAUGAAUCUGAAGAACUUUGACCAUUCCAAGUCUUAACGCCGUACCACUACUCCAGCAAAACUGUGCUCCGACUGGUAACAGUGACCAGAAGCCUGAAGAAUUAAAAUGCCAACAGCAAACCAUACCUUAACAGCUCUGGUCUCUACUAUUCCCAUACACUUCUAAUAUAUUAUUUGUUAUAUAACCACUUCUAGACACCCUGCUCCCCUGUUCUUUCUUUCCCUACCUUUUUUUAAUUCUUUGUUUUUUAUUAGGGUUUGUGUUUGUUUCCUUUCCCUACCUGCUUUUUUGACUCAUUUGCUCAAAUGACAGUGAACAAAGCCAGCCGGGCUGGUAAGGUGCUGUUCACUUGAACAGGUGCUGUUAUAUGGAAAGGAAACUCGUGACUAAUUUAGAUAGCAAUUUUCAUUCUUCAAGAUUGUCUCCAUUCAACUCUUACAGUCAAUAUUUACCGCUUUCAGACUGCAGUAGGGAUACUGCAUGAGAACAUAUUAAUACCAAUUAAAAGCAUUUUUUACAUCUUGAAAUUUUUCUAAUAUUAGGGAAUUUCACUACGGAUGAUUUUUAUAUAGACCUUUGACCUUCCAGUCCUUUGUACUUCGUAGAGUCAGACAGAGACUCUCUGGACUGGAGAAUUAAGAAGCUCACUGACCAGGUACUGUGUUAAGAGACCCUCAUCCCACAGUGCAGUACUUCUCAGACAUGCGCUUUGCCACAGCAUUCCAGAACAAGAGGAGAACCACACCAUGUGCCCUUCCCUUUUACUAAGAGAAAACCAGGCAGCUUCCAGCCUUAGAGAUUUCUUUCUUAACCUUCCCAGUUCCAGUUCUUCCCACUAUCUGAACACCUGAGUAGAACACUUGCUUUGUAUGAAACUUGUCUGUCUCCAUGCACACGGACCCUUUGCUACUGGGCAGGUAAUCUCUGACAUAGUUUGACGACUUGCAGCUUUGAAGACACUGGGAAGAAGAGGUUGGGGACGGUCGGUCGGGGCUUUGGUUGGUUGUAAGAAGCCAUACCAUGUAAAACUAACACCAGAGAAGCUGAUAGGGGUUUAACUGUAUUGAACAUUCUUCUCAUUUGCUUUUGACUCUAUGUAUAGUUAUGACGGCAGAUUAGAUUUAUGUCAGCUUCAAGUUGUAUUAAAUGAUAUUUUGCUUUAUGUAAUACUGUUAUAAAAUAAAAGUUUGUUUAUUCUA